ACACAAAAGAUAAAUAAUAAACUUACUAGGAUGUCUUUUUCGACAGGUAAGAAUUAAUUUAGCUAGUACGAAAAAGAAUAAAAUGGAAAACAAAAUGUGAGGGCAUGUGAUAUCAUAAAAGCGUAGUCAAUAGACCGCUCGGAUCUUCUUUGUCACAACUUGUCUGCCGAAGUCGCUUUGACCCAUGCACCAUCUAAUUAGUCUCACCAAUACUAUUAAUUACCUACAUAAAUAGCCAUUAUAAACAUUUAAUAUACGAUUAGUGGCUAUUUAUCUCUUCUAUGCUAGUUUUGGAGGAUAUGUCACGUGCAAACUUUCUAUUAGUACGAUAAUUAAAAUAAAACAAGUAUUAAAGUUUCAACUCUAUAUAGUUUGAUAUGCGUCGUUCGUUUAUUUUUAUGCAGCUGAAAUGUAUAAAUAAGCAGGUUUGGUUUUAUAUAUUUGGAUCAAAUGAGAAACGUCUGGCCACGAACGCUACAUGUCAUUCCCAUGUUACAUACUGGCAUUGUAAGAAAAGAGUAACAAAGUAUUAUACUAUCGAGUUCACGUGUUGCGAACUUGAAAAGAACGCUCGAGUGUGCCUAAAUAACGCCGACUUAUCCAUUAGCUUGUAUACAAGUUACUUCGUCCACAUAGUGAACUGAUAACGACAAAACAAGAGCCAACAUUAUUAGACCAACCUAAGAUUUUAAAAUUAAUAGGCACAAGAAGUAGGAGACGAUGAUAAUAAGUUAAAAUAAGAUAUACUCCGUACCUGUUGAAGAUAGGACCAAACAAUUGAAUAAAAUUAAACAAUGAAAUAUAGAGGACAUCACACAUGGAGAGAUAUAGAUGCAUGUGUAUAAAUCAAGUCGAUACUUCACCCACAGCUUCUGUCUAAAUCUUUCUCCACACAGCAGUUCAAACUCAAGAACCUAAAAAAAAGGAGUUGCUUUCUUUUAUAAACACAAUAAAUAGAAGGAAAAUGUUGGGUUCAUCAGAAUGGAGUAGUGGAUGCGAGUCAGGAUGGACUUUGUACUUAGACCAUUCUGUUUCUUCUUUUCCAAGUUCUUCUUGUUUCCGAGACAUUAAUGGGUUUGAAAACAGAAGAAGAAGCAAAGAUUCUUGGAGUCAAAACUACGUGCAUCAAGAAGAAGAUGAAGAAGAAGAUUUGUCGAUGAUGUCAGAUGCAUCUUCUGGCCCAAGGAAUGUUUGCGAGGAAGAUUCUGUGAAAAAGUUAAACAGUGUUGGUCCCAAGAAACAGAACAAGAGUGAAAAGAAAAGAAGAGAUUAUGAGAAAAUGAACUCGGUUCUUGAUGAUACUGCUAGUUCUCAUAUGUUGCAGAAAAGUGUGGGUGGUAAUAAGAUAGAGCAAACCUUUCCAGAGAGUACAUUGGAUUAUUCGCAAGGCUUCUCGGCAACUCACAUUCAGGACAAAGCAGCAUUCCAAGAACAAUAUGGUUAUUUGCAAAUGGAAACAAGAUACUAGAUAACCAGUGGUUUUUAUUUAUGAAGAGCAGCUAUUUUAGACAAUUUGGAAGCUUGUAUGGAUUCAUGUAAGAAAUGAAGGGCUAAAGCAAAAAAGUGUCAUAGAAGAAACCCAAAAUGGAGAGAUAGGACCAAAGAAGGUUCUCAAAUUUCCAAUAGUUCUGAAUCUUUUUUUUUCUGUUUUCUUUUUUUUUUGCAAUUUCGCCACAAACGAGCUUUUCCUUUUUUUUUUGUAGCCUCCCUUAUGUACGUUACUCUUGGUUUACAACACUUCAAUUGCAAUUUUUCUGU